AUGCUCGACAUUGACAAGCUCAAACAACGUCCAAUCAGCGUGUUUCAUAUACCACUCGAGCUUCUCAACGAUUUACGGCCUACCGAUUACAAUGCCUCGGAGACACCUUCGUCAGUUGAUCUCACCGCCAACAAGCUGGAACGAUUAGAGCUUGAACAGUCAACCAAAGAACAAGAGGAUGGAUCCUUGACAUGUCGCACCUGCAAUAUCACAUUUCCACCAACCGAUCGGCAGGAGCAUCGCGCUCACUUUGCAACUGAUUGGCAUCGUUACAAUAUCAAGCGCAAGUUGACUUUGGGUCUUGAACCUGUCAACGCGACAGACUUUGAGAACAUGCUAGCAGAUAUUGCCGAAAGCAUCUCUGGAUCUGAAAGUGAUGAAACGGAUGAGGAGGAUCAAGAGCAGCAGGAGGAGGAUGAUGUCAAGGAUUUGGUUGCCAAGCAAGCAGCACAAGCAGAAGCAUCAGCAAUGAUUGAAGAUGAACAACAAUCCAACACUGUUUUAUCAUCCUUUGAGAAAAAGACACAAGCAUUAGCCUGGUUCCAAGCCAAUACUUUGUCGCCUUCAGUACAUUUCGGUAUCUAUCGACGACUUACCGAUUCAUUGGAUGGUCUCAAGCAACUACAGAACGCGCCAAAGUCACGUCUAUGGACCAUCAUCAUGGUGGGUGGUGGCCAUUUUGCAGCUGGUGUUGUGGAUGUCAACAAGAGUCUUCAAUAUGGAAUGCAAUAUGGUGGAUUGGAUGUCAAUCAAGUCAAAAUGGUGGUACACAAGACUUUUCAUCGUUAUACCACACGUCGCAAACAGGGUGGAUCACAAUCAGCCAAUGAUAAUGCCAAAGGAGCUGCUAAUUCGGCAGGUGCCAUGAUUCGUCGAUACAAUGAGCAGAUGCUUCAGCAGGAGAUUCGUGAAUUACUAUCGCAGUGGAAGGAUUAUGUCAACACCAGUGAGCAAGUGCUUGUACAUGCACCCAGCAACAAUCGCAAGAUCGUCUAUGGUUAUGAAGGUGCUAUCCUUACUCGGGACAAUUCAUCCACGAUUCCUUUCUCAACACGACGACCUACAUUGAAUGAGAUACGACGAGUGUUUAUUGAGAUGACGACAUUAAAGAUCACCAAAGUGGAUGUGGAUGCGAUUCAAGCACAACGGCAAAAGGCGGCUGAAAAACAAGAGCGUGCUCGUCAACAAUUGGAGAAAUCUCGAUUGAUGGAUAGCAGCAAAAAGACGACCGAGAAGCCCAAAAUGGCACCUGAAGUGGAGAAAUUGAUAUCACUCACGAGGCAAGGCAAAGAGCAGGUGGUCUUGACGCAUGUGCGCAAACACGAGGAGCUGCUUCUACCCAUAACUCGUGGAAAAUUAACAUCCCAACUUGUUCCUGAACAAGAAGAAAUAUUACGCCGGUUCCCAAGCAUCUUGCAUUUAGCUGCUCAUGGUGGUCAUGCUGCUCUUGUUUCCCUUCUCUUACGCGAUCUUCAAGUUGACCCAACGAUUGAGAAUGAGCUUGGAAAAACAGCUUACGAAGUGGCGAGGGAAAAGGAUACGAGGAAUGCUUUUCGACGUUGUAUGCAUGAUAUACCCGACAUGUGUGAUUGGCUCAACGCAGCUCGAGUCCCAAGUCCAUUAUCACCCGAGGCUGAGCUCGAGAUCCUAGAAAGGGACAAGCAACGCAAGGAGCGUGAAUUGGAACGACGUCGCAUGAUAGAGGAAGAACGUAGAAAACGUGAUGAUGAAAGGAUUCAACAAGAGGAGGCAAAAGCUGCAGCAUUACGACAACAACGACAAAAGAGUAAUGCAACGAGUGCUGGUGGUGGUGGUGCAAGGACAUUAGGUGGAGGCAACAAUUUGCGGACAACGGAAAUGAACAUGGCCAGUAUGACACCCGAGGCACGUAUGCGAUUAGAAAGGGAAAUGCGUGCUAGAGCUGCAGAAGAACGUAUGAGGCGUUUGCAAGGGAAAUAA